GGUUAGGGCGGCGAGGGCCGCGAUUGGCCAGGCGCCCAGCGCGCGCCGCGUGCCCUUGGCAGGGCCCCUGAGGCGGGUGGUCUUCUCUCGCGUCCCCUAAAAGGCGGCGGCGGCGGCGGCGGCGGCUGGACAGGCGGGAGAGGCGCGAGGAUGCAGUGGCUGCCCGGGCUGGGCUCGAGCUGGGCCGGCCGGGGCCUGCGGCUGGGGCUGGUGGUGGCGGCGGCUGCGCUGCUGAUCCAGGGGCUGCGCGGCUGGGCCUCCUCGCGGCGCUUCGAGUUCGACCCGGAGGAGAUCGCGCGCCUGGGCAAGCACCACGCCGGCCUGGACCACGAACUAGCCUUCGCCAAGAUCAUCGUGGAGCUGCGCCGCCGACACCCGGGACAUGUGCUGCCGGACGAGGACCUGCGCUGGGUGUUCGUCAACGCCGGCGGCUGGAUGGGCUCCAUGUGCCUCCUCCACGCCUCCCUCUCGGAGUACGUGCUGCUCUUCGGCACCGCCGUCGACACCGGCGGACACUCGGGUCGCUAUUGGGCUGAUAUUCAUGACACGAUCAUCUCAGGGACCUUCCGGCAGUGGAAAGAGGGAACGACCAAAAGUGAGAUUUAUUACCCAGGGGACUCCGUUGUCCACCGUUCCGGAGAGGUCGCCUCCGUGCAGUGGAGCGCCGGCACGUGGAUGGUCGAGUAUGGCCGAGGCUUCAUCCCCUCCACCCUCACCUUUGCCCUUGCUGACACGAUCUUCAGCACUCAGGACUUCCUCACCCUCUUCUACACCAUCCAGGUUUAUCUCAAGGCCCUGGUCUUGGAGGCUAACACGUACUUCAGCAGCACGAGUCAUAUCUACAAAAAUACAACCUGGCAAGCUUCACCUACUGAUUUGGAAAGCGACCUGGCAAGCGAAGAUUAGAAUUAGAUGUAAGAGAUGUGAUUCAACUUACCAGAUGGAAUACUAUAUGACUAAA